UAUAGGAAGGGCAAACACGAUGGACGCCCUUAUUUUCAGCCCGUUUAGUGCGCUGCACAGCAAGCUGCAGUCGGGCAAAGUUGGCAAGGCUUCUUUGGAAGAGAAUUUCGACUGGCUCCUUAAUGGCAUUCAACGCUUCCGUCCCAGCAACGAGGCGUCGCGGAAGCAAAUUUCGGAGAAUACUAGGCUGCAGUUCAAGGGAAAGGCAUUCGUUUUUGAUGUCAAGCACCGUCCCUUGGCGCUGCGACUGGCGAAGCUGCUGGAUUUGGAUGAGGUCCAGGCCAUGCUCUUGCUCAAGCGGUGGCUGAAGGACAACGCGCCCCACCUGACGCCGGAGCAGCUGCCGGAGAGCGACCCCGUGGCUGUGAAUGAGCUGCUGCUGCAGGUGGUGCGCUACUACCACUCGGAACGCAUCGUGCUGCUCAAAUGCAUCCAAGUGGUGAUGCUGAAGGCUGGCGAGCCGGACGAGGCGGGCGGGCUUCUGGAGGACCUGCUGUCGCGCCUCACCAAGGCCGGGCUGGAGGAGCAGCUGCACGCCCGGCUGCGGGAGAACCUGGAGGCAGGCGCCGCCGCUAUCACGCGCCGACUCAAAGAGGCCGCGGGCGGUGCGGCCGGCGGCGGUGCAGCAGCCGGCCUCGGCACCGCGCUCGGCGCGCAGCCGGCGGCUGGCGCCGCCGCGGGCGCGCUGACGACCGCGGCGGCGGGCGCCGCCGGCAGCAUGGCCACGCUGAAGUGGCUGUCGGCUGCGCACAGCGAGAUGCGGGCGCAGCUGCUGGCGGAGCGGCUGGAGCUGCUCAACUGCCUGCUGCUGCUGCACGAGGUGUGCGGCGUGGCUGCCAAGCCGGAGCGCGCGCAGGCACUGGCGCGGCUGCUGCUGGACCGCGUCUUCCCCUCCAAGGCCGGCCACCACGGCCACGGCGGCGGCGCCGCCGGCAGCAACGGCACGGCGGCACCCCCGCCGUACACCGGCGACGUGCCUGCUGCCACCGCGUCUUCUUCCUCCUUCGAUCCCAACGACCCGGCGCAGCUGUGCCAGCCGCUGGCGGGGCUGUUGCUGCUCAGCUGCCUGGACCUGCCGGGCCACGUGCGCCUGGCCAACGCGGCGGCGCCGCCCACGCCGCCCUCCGCGCCGCCCACCUUUGGCGCGCCGCAGCAGCACUCUGGGGCGUCGGGCCUGUCCGGCGCGGGCUCGGUGGAGGCGCUGCUGCCGCUGGGCGGCCGGACGGUGGACGUACACAACCAGAUCAGCCAGUACGCUGCGGGGCCGGGCAGCGCGCUGCUGCUGCUGGCGUGGGCGGGCUGCCUGCGGCUCAUGGACGGCGCCUACGCCGCCGCCGGCGCCGCGCCCGGCAGCACCAUGGUCCGCGACCUGGACGCCGCCGCGCGGGAGUUGGAGGCGCGCGUGGCCGCCGUGGGCGGCCUGUCCGCCGCCGGCGGCGCGCUGGCGGCGCUGUGCGGCGGCGGCGCCGCCGUGGGCGCGCUGCUGCUGGUGUACCGCGGCGUGGGCACUAAGGCGCUGUGCGUGCUGUGCACCGCCUUUGACCUGGGCGUGGACUCGGUGGACGCCGCCACCUACGACGCCGUGGAGGGGCUGCUGAGGCUGUGCGUGGCGGGCGACGCGCGCGCCUGCGGCGAGCUGUGGGACGAGGGCUCCGCCGCCACCGCGCCGCUGCGCGCGCUGCUGGCGGCGGCGGCGCGGCUGUUCCCCGCGUCGCCGCGGCACCUGCUGCGGCUGCUGCGCGCGACGGCGGCGUCGGCGGACAGCGCGCGCGCCGCCUACGGCUUCCUGCAGCGGCACGUGAGCCUGGUGGUGCUACACGACGCGCAGGAGCCGGCCAUCCGGCACCUGGGCGGGGGCGAGGUGGAGCUGGCGGCGCCGCUGCCCUGGAACCUGGCGCCGUCGGUGCCGGGGCUGGAGCUGCCGCAGGGCUGCAUCGGCACGCUGUGCCCGCUGCCGGCGCCGCUGGCGGAGCUGCGCGGGCGGCGGGUGCUGGUGGCGUGGGACGCGGACGUGAGCGGCGGCGGCGGCCAGAGCCGCGGCCAGGUGCUGCUGCUGGGCCGCGCCUCACACUGCGUGGCGGCGCUGGAGCACUGUCUGCACCACCACCAGCCGCUCACGCACGCCGGCGACCCGGGGCUGCUGUCCGACCUGGGCGACACGCUGGCGCUGCUGGCGGAACUGACGGCGCUGGAGCCCGGCCUCACCGCCGACCUGCUGCAGCAGAGCGUCACCUUCGGCCCGCGCGGACACCACCACCACACCCACCACCAGCAGCAGCAGCAGGCGGCGGGCGCCACUCGCAGCUGGACGGACGUGGUGGCAGGCAUCCUGGCGCUGGGGCCGCAGUUGGCCGCGCGCAUGGCGGCAGAGGGACUGGACAGCAGCAGCAGCAGUGACAGCGGCGGCGUGUCGGCGCUGCAGCUGUUGUCGGACGCGGCCAAGCUGCUGGGCGCGGUGGCGGCGGUGGCGCCGGGUCGCGUGCUGGCGCUGCUGCCGCUGCUGCCGCUGUUCGCCAGCCCCGCCGCCGGGCUGGGCGGCGGCGCGGGGCUGCUGUCUGGGCUGCCUGCCUCCGUGCCGCUGGAGUCGCUGGCGAGCUUCACAGUGCCUCAGGGCAUCGACGCCUUCUGCGGCCUGCUGCCCGCUUUCAGCGGCCUGCAGGCGGGGCUGGAGGCGCCGGCGGGGCGCUACCCGCUCACGCGGGCGCUGCUGGACCUGCUGGCGGGGCUGCUGGCGCGCGGCUUCGCGGCGGCAGCGCCGCUGCCCGCCGCCGCGCUGUGGGUGCUGCACGAGCUGCUGCCGGCGCACCACGCCUGGCGCUACGCGGCGCAGGAGGAGCGCUGGGGCCUGACGGCGGCGGCGCUGCGGCUGCUGCGGCUGGCGGUCACGGCCGGCGCCUUCGUGACCGACCCCGACCUGACGCAGGUGACGGUGGAGGCACUGCCGACGGCGGCGGCGUCGUAUGUGGUGGCGGCGGCGGCGGGCGCGAUUGUGCCGUACGGCGGCGGCGGUGGCGGCGGCGUGUCGGGCGCUGUGGCGGCCGCGGCGGCGGCAGGCGCUGGCGUCCGGGGCGGCAGUGUUGGUGCUGUCGGAGGCGGCGCGUUUGCGUCUCUGACGCCGGAGCAGCUCCUGGCGGCGGCGGCGCCGCGGCUGCACGUGUCCACUCUGUCUGCGGCGCUGCUGAAGCUGCUGCUGCUGCAUGGCGGCGUGCUGCUGGCCCGGUGCAUGCCGCCGCCCGCGGAGGAGCUGGAGCGCCUUCGCGCCGAGGACGCCUCCCGCCCCGAGCUACCCGCGCUGGAGCGCUCCGCGGCCGAGCUGGUGUCGUUGGUGCCGCCGCUGCUGGCCGCCGCCUGCGCGCACAGCCAGGAGCAGCCGCUGGAGGAGUGGCUGCUGGCGGGGGGCGACCCGCCGCCGGCGGCGCACGUGGCCUCCUACAUCGCCUACCGCGAGAGCGAUCGAGACGACAGCCAGCCGGAGGGCCAGGUGAGCUACCUGGCUCUCCGCGCGCUGCUGUCCAUCGCCGCCUGCGUGUCCCGCCCCGUGGGCCGCUCGCUGCCCGGCGUCAGCCUAGGUCUGGCGGUGCCGUCGCACUCGGCGGCCGAGGCCUGCCUGCGCCAGCUGCUGGCGGCGCCGGACGCAGCGGCGGCGGCGCACCCGCGCCACUACGCACUGGCGGCGGCGCUGGCGGCGGAGGCGGUGGCGUGCCACGCCAAGUUGUUGGACGCGCUCAUGUUCCCGUCGCCGCUGGAGGCGGAGGUGCUGGGAGCGGCGGCGGGCGGUGGUGGUGCCGGCGGCACGCCGCACCCGCAGCACGGCGGGGCGGUCGUGAAGCGGGCGGGAGGAGCGGGCGCCGCUCACAAGGUGCCCAAGACCGCGCUGGACGGCUGCCACAUCGCGCUGCAGCACGCGGCGCGCUUCAAGCGCGAGGCGCCGCAGGUGCUGGCGGCGGCGCUGCGGCUGGCUGCGGCGCUGUGGCAGCAGCCCGCGGCGGCGGCGCGCGCGCUGGCGGUGCUGCGCCGCUCGCGCGACGUGUGGGCGGGCCUGGAGGCUGCGCUGGCGCCGGUGGGCGCCUACCGCGCCGCCGGCGUGGCGGCGCUGCCGGCGCCCGGCGGCGGCGCCGACGGCUCCGCGCCGCUUGAGAGUCCGGAGGCGCCGCUGGGUGGUGUGGAUGCGGUGGAGCAGCGCUGGCUGUGCGAGGCGUACGCGCUGCAGAUCCUCACAGCAGAGGCGGUGGCGAGGGCGCGCGCGGCGGCGGGCGCCGCCGCCGCCAGCGGCGGCUCGGACGGCGGCGCGGCGGCGCCGGCGGCUGGCGGCGCGGACGCGGUGUUGGACCGGGUGGUGAGGGAGGGCACGCUGCUGCGGCUGCUGCAGGCCGCGGCGGCGCCGGCGGCCGGUGCCGCCGCCGGCAGUGGCCCGGCGGUGGUUGUCCCGCAGGUGGAGGCUGCGGUGGGCAUGCUGCAGCGCGCCGCGGCGGCUCUGUACCUGGAGAUGGGUGCGGGGGUGGUGGCGGGGCUGUGGCCGCCGCCCUCGCUGGGACCGCAGGAGCCGGAGCCGGACGCGGUGUCUUUGGCGCCCGAGAUACGACAGGAGUUGUCGGGCGUGAAGGCGCUGCUGGCCUCCGGCGGCGCCGCACUGUACGACAUCCAGUCCGUACACGACGACCUGGUCAACGGCGCGGUGGCGGCCGCGCACGCACUCAGCAGCCACGGCGGCGCCAGCGGCUCGCCGGGCGCGGCGUCGUCGCCCUCGCUGGGAGGCGCCGGAGCGGGAGCGGCAGGAGGAGGGGCGGGGGGAGGAGGCAUGGAGGACCCCACACUGGUGCUGGGUCUGCCGCCCAGCCACCCGCUGGCGCAGCUGCUGUCGCGCCAGCCGCUGGGCGCGGCGCUGGUCAGCAGGUGCAACACCAGCGCAGAGCUGUUGGCGCCUCAGCCGCAGGCCACCGCCGCGCUCUCCGCCUUCGCCGCCUCCCUCACCGCCGCCUCCGCCUCGUCCGUCUCCGCCGCCGCCUCAGCCGCCGCCUACGGCGCCGCCACCGCCGCCGUGGCGCCGUGCGCCUUCGCCGGCGCCGCCGAGGGCUGCCUGCUGAGCCGGCGGCGGCUGGCGGCGCUCCUGGGCCCGGCGGCGGACACGCUGCAGGCGGCUGACCUGGCGGCGUUGGCGCUGGGACACGUCAGCAGCGCGUGCGCUGUGGCGGAGGCCAAGCUGGCGGCGCUGCAAGCCGCGGCGAGUCUGGCGGCAGUGCUGGCGCGUGACGGCCGCCUUACGCCCGCGCCCGGGUCCCCCGGUGCCGCCGCCGCCCUCCUCGACCCCAUUCCCGCCCCCGCCUCCUCUGCUUCCAACCCCGAGCCCUCCACGCCCGGCGCCGGCCGCGGCACAGCCGCCGCCGGCACCUCUGGCGGCGUGCUGGCCACCGCUGCGGCUGUGUCGUCGGCUGCUGUGGGUUCGCUGCUCCACUGGUGCAGCUCGCCUGAGGGCCGCGCGGCCAGCCAGGCUCCGGACUGGGGGCUGCGGCGGCUGCACGCGCACCGCCUGGCCGCAGCCAUGGCCGCAACCCGACUGCUGCUGGCGGCGGUGCAGGCAGCCAGGCCGGCGCUACUGGGCACAGCCGGCGGUGGCGUCGGUGGCGUCGGUGGCGGAGGCGCCAGCGGCUUCGCCACGCCGGCGCGCACCCCGGGCUUGGGCCUGGGCGGCGUGUACGGCACGCCGCAGACACGGCGGAAUCCCGGCAAUGGCGGCGGCGGCGGCGGCGGCGGCGUGGCGGGCGCCUCCGGCGGGGUGGCGGCCGACGCCGCCUUCCUGGCGCUGGUGGUUUCCCUCGCGCGCCAGGUGGCGGGCUGGGCGCGUGUGGUGGCGGCGGCGGGGCUGCCGCAGUGCCCGGCGGUGGUGCUGGGGCAGGUGACGGACUCGCUGGCAGGGUCGCUGCUGCUGACGCUGCAGCUGCUGCCGGCGGCGCGCGCGGACGGCGGCGCGCUGGAGUCGGAGGCAGCGGCCACAGACCGGCAGCAGCUGUCGUCGGCGCUGCUGUCCAUGUUGCCUCAGCUGUGCGAGCUGGCGGCCGCGGGCGGCCUGAGCCCCCUACUGGCCGCCCAGCUGCUGCUGGAGUCCACCCGCCACCUGGCCACACACGAGUGGCUGCCGCCGCUCAUGGCGCACAUCGACCUGGGGCGGCACAUUCUGGAGGCAGCGGGACGAGCAGCCGCCAUCGCGGCCGGCGGCGCCGCCGCCGUGACGGCGGCGGCGGCGACGGCGGGCGGGCAGUCGGCGGCGGUGGCGUCGCUGCUGUCGCUGCGCGGCGGCGACGCGGCGGCGGCGGCGGGCGAUGUGGGCAUGCUGGCACUGGCGCUCGCGGUGGCGCAGGUGCCGGAGGGCGCACAGGCGCUGCACGACAGGGGCAUUCUGGACCAGGUGGUUGCGGCUGGACGCCACCUGUUGUCCGCCGGCGGCGGCCGCCUCGCCGCCUUCAACGUCGUCGCCGUCACCGGCACCGGCCCCUACCGCCCCGGGGUGGACGGCACCUACGCCUCCACCUCCGGCGCCGCCGCCGCCCUGACCGCCGCGGCCGACACCGCGGGCGCCUACCUGGUACCCGCGGACGGCGGCGGCGGCGGCGGCGGCGGCGGACCGGCGGGCUCGGGCGGCGUGUGGUCUCCGGUGCACCGGCAGUGGUGCACGCUGCUGCAGUUCAGCAGCGCGCUGCUGCGGACGCUGGGGCAGUACGUGGACGUGGAGCGGGAGGCUCUGGACCUGCUGCUGGCUCUGGAGCCUCGCCUGCUGCUGGCGGUGCUGCCGCCCGGCGGCGACUGCGCCCAGCCGCUGACGCUGUCGGGGCUGGUGGAGCUGGAGGCGGCUCUGUUCCUGCUGGGGCAGCUGGCGCCCUACCUGGGCGGCUGGCACCUGGUGCUGCCCGCGUCGCUGGUCAACUUCAGGACCGCGCUGUCCACGCUGCUGACGUGGCUGGCGGCGCCCAGCCUGGCCAAGUCCUUCGCCGUGGACUGCCGCCCGCGCACGCCCCGGGAGGCAGCCCUGGCGGCCAUGCCCGCCCCAGGCAUGCCCGCAGCAGACGGCUGGUUCCGCGUCGCCACCGCCGGCGCCGCGGCGCCGCCCGCCGGCGGCGCCGCCACCUUCGCCUUCGCCGCCGCCGCGGCAGGGGGUGCAGGCGGCGGCAGUGGCACGCCCGGCGGCGGCAGCGGCGGCGGCCUGGGCUCCCCGAUACCUGCUGGCGUGGCGACGCUGGGCUCCACAUCACCCAGCAUUCGCUUCUCCAUGUCACGUGGCAUGUCGGACACCUUGGGGAGCCUCAGCACGCCCUCCACGCCGCCCGCCGGCGGCGGCGCCGGCGCCGCUGGCGGCGGCGGCUUCUCCACGCCGCCGCCCGCCAGUCGCGCCGCCAGCGGCCUAGGCCUAGGCGCGGCUGGCGGCGCCACGCCGAGCGGCGGCGGCGGCGGCGGCGGCCGCCGGCUCUCGGAUUCCAACCCCGCGGUCGGCAGUAGCGCCGCCGCUGUGCCUGUGUGCAGCGAGUACAGCGCGCAGGUGGCUGAGAAGCUGUACGCCUGCGCGCACCACGCGCUGUCCUUCCUGGCCGCCACCUCGCCGCAGCUGAGCGAGGGAGAGGCGGCGUCGCUGGGGCCCGCCUGGCCGCGGCCGCGAGACCUGGCGGCCCUGCUAGACCAGUGCCGCGCCGCCGCAGAGUCGUUGACCAACUACCAACCGCCGGCGGCCGGUGAUGACGGCGCGGGCCCCUCCACGCCCUCCUUCUUUGGCGGCGCUUCGGCGUCAGGGGCGUCAGCGGGUGGCGGCGGCGGUGGCGGCGGCGGCGGCGGCGCGGGCGCUGCGCGCCGCUCGGCGGCGGUGCGCACGCUAUCUCGUGUGGGGCAGAUGUGCGCUCAGUUCUUGUCGCUGUUGGGGCAGGCGGCGCCGCCACACCCGCCGCCGCCGCCGCCGGGCGCGGGCGGCGCGCACCACGUACACUCGCACCAUUCGCACCACCACUCGUACCACCACCUGCACUCGGGUCUGGGGCAGCGCGAGGCGGCGGCGCAGGAUUGGUUCGCGUCGUUGGAGCUGAGCGGCGGGUUGGGCAUGGGCACGCCGGCUGUGCCAGCCAUUUAACAAUGACGACGAAGUGGGGGAAGCGGUGAUGCCGUGGGUAGGCUCCAGCGGACUUGAAGUGCCAGGUGUAGCUGAUGGCAUGCUUUCAGGUGGUUUGGAAAAGUAUGGGCCUUGGGCGCGCGUGGUCCUUUGGCGAUUCGGACAGGGCUGGUACUGCCACCCGGCUGGGGCAAGGAGAAGUGGUAAGGAGACUAAGCACAGAUGCUCGCGUCGCGGGGAGUGGUGGUGGCGGAAUUCGGUUUGCACAAGGCUCGCGCGUAUGGUGUGCCCCCCGAUGCUCCGAUCAUGCAGUUGCGCUGCAAACAAACAAUUGCCUCUCAAAUAUGCAACAUAGGUACUUAAGUAUUGCUCGCUCUCGUGGGCGUUACCUCGUUACUCAGAGAAC